UCGGAAGUCGUAUUGUUAUUGCCGUAAGCGGAACACAGUCGUCAUGUUUGUAUCGUAUAGGUAGCAUCAUUGCUGGUCUGUAGCUACAUAUUAGCUCGUGUAAAUGCUGCGCGUUUUUUACACAGGCUGUUCUUCUUUCUCUGUAAUCAUGAACAGGACACAACUGAAGCGGUCCAGUAUAUUGAGGAUGGCUCUAGCCGGUUCGGAAACAAUGGACCAGGACGGACAUGAAAAGACUUUCAUAUUCCGUGCUGUCAGAAUAGGAGCUGUGGUUGCACUGUACUGGUUCAUUUCAAUAACUAUGGUGUUCCUUAAUAAUUAUCUGCUGGACAACCGAGACCUGGACGCCCCGUUAUUUGUUACUUUCUAUCAGUGUUUGGUGACUGUUGGACUGUGCUGGCUCAUGCAGCUGCUGUCCAAAUUGUGCCCGGGACUCAUCGACUUCCCCUCGGUCAAACUCGACUUGAAGACGUCACGAGAGGUCCUGCCGCUGUCCAUUGUGUUCAUUGCCAUGAUCACCUUCAACAACCUGUGCCUGAAACAUGUCGGAGUGGCUUUCUACACGGUCGGUCGUUCACUCAGCACAGUGUUUAAUGUGCUGUUAUCGUACGUUAUCCUAAAACAAACCACAUCAUACCAAGCCAUACUGUGCUGUGGGAUCAUUCUAGGUGGAUUCUGGCUUGGUGUGGACCAGGAAGGCGUGGCAGGGUCCCUCUCCUGGUCAGGUGUCUUCUUUGGGGUGGUGGCCAGCGCUUGUGUCUCUCUAAACGCCAUCUACACCAAGAAGGUGAUGCCAGCGGUGGAUGGAAACAUCUGGAAACUGUCCUACUACAACAACAUUAAUGCCUGCGUCCUCUUCCUCCCGCUCAUUCUCGUGUUUGGAGAGUUGGGCCAGCUCGCCCGCUUCAGCCUCCUGACUGACCUCAGGUUUUGGGGCAUGAUGACACUCGGAGGAGUGUUUGGUUUCGCCAUUGGCUACGUCACAGGCCUCCAGAUCAAGUAUACCAGUCCACUCACACACAAUGUCUCAGGGACAGCAAAGGCCUGUGCACAGACUGUUAUUGCGGUUGUGUACAACUCUUACAGUAAAAGCCUGUUGUGGUGGACCAGUAACCUGUUGGUUCUUUGUGGCUCGUCAGCCUACACUUGGGUCAAAAGUCUAGAAAUGAAGAAGCCUUCACCUCACAGAGACCCUCUGGACUCAGCCAAGGAGAAACUGCUGCCAGAGGAAAAAGGCAACUUGGGAGUGUAACAAUUGUAACUAGGUUGAGAAACUUUCAUUUUUUUUAUACACGUGUGGUGAGAGUAUGAAAUAAUGUAACCUUUAGAACAUGACUGAUUCAUGUUUGAGGUGACUAUGCACACAUGGAGUCAGUGAUUUUGGUUGGGUUUAAUAAUCUUUGGGUUUUAUACAGUUGGACUUGAAGCCUGAAGAAAUUUAUAUAUAUAUAUUUUAUUUAAAGCUUUUCACAUGCAUUUGGGGCAGUUUAACAAUUAUUUUAAAAUCAAAUGACUAAGUAAUAUAAUAAUGUGUAUCUUAUGGUCCAGUCUACAAGUGAAGAAAACAAAAUCAUGUUUUUAUUCAUAGGCAGGGUUUUUCCAGCAUAGAGACAUUUUUGGGCCCAGGUCCCUAAUGAAAAAUAACCCUUACUAUAUUAUAUUCCAUUGUAUUUCAUUAUAUUUUGAAUUG